UAUGUCUUCUUCUGGAUCAUUAAUCGUGGCUCUAUAAUUGCUAUUUCUUAUAUCUGUUUAGUAAUAGCUUGUGGUAAGCCUUGGGCAAAAACUCUCUUCCCCUUAACUUGCAUGUUGUGUGAGGGUUUCAAUUAUCUGUCACUAUCUCUACCAGUCCCGAAAUACCUCAAUUUGCAUAUCUCGGAUAAGCAUGACUCACCCCUUAACAACGCGGAAUGA